GCCCGGGCACCACCAGUAGUAAAUAAACCCAUGUGGAAGGUCCAUCUGUGGCACCUCUGAAGUUCUGAAAACUUCCAAUCCCGUUCUGGCACUCACCGGCAUCGCUUGGAGAAGUUUCCACACUAAGUGCACUUAUCAUAGGAAAGAGGAAGGAGUGUAACAUAUCUAGAGUCCUGCUAGAAGUCCCCCACGAAUCGGAUUUAUAAUGGGGAGGGCAAGGCAGAAAUAUAAAUCGAGGCCGACUGUAGUCACCGAUGACUCUGAGCUUAGGAAGAUUAAGGUUGAACUCGAAUCUUCAAGCAAGUAUGAUGCCAGUAAUGCACUGGUUCUUCCAUCAAAAAAACGUGCCACAAAAAAGUUACGAGACAAGAAUGCAGCUCCAGUUAAACUUCUGUCAAAGAAAAAACGAAAGCAGCUGGAGAAAAUUGUGGACCAAAAGAAGAAAAAGGAAAAUCGUGCCAGUCUCAUUGCAGCACUACAGGAGGUCCAGGCUGAUCCCAAGGAUCUGGUUAAGUUGACACAACUUCAGGUGACCCAGACGCUUGGAAGGAAAAAGUUUUUAGCGGAAGAUUAUACGAGUUUACCGAGCAAUGACAGAGAUGAGGAAGAGGGAAAGGUGGUGAGCUGUGUCAAGGGACUGAAGCGAAAGAAACCUCAGAAGGAGGAGGACGAGGAAGAGGAUGAGCAAGAAAAAUGUGGUGAUCCAAAUGUUGUCAGACUUGGGGAAAUAUCUAGCAGUAGUGAUGAAAGUGAAGACGAGGAAGAAGAGGAACUAGAAAAGAGUGAUCCAAAUGUAGAAGUAAAGGACAUGCAGCAACAAGAAAAAGACACUAAUCAGGAAUCAGAAGUUAACCUGAGCUGUAGAAAGCCAUCAGAGGUACAACAAAAUGAGACAAAAGCUAUUGAUCCACCUAAGAAGCCAGCAAAGCCAGCUGUGUUCAUGAACUUAAACCGCACUGCUGUCAUCGAAGCAGCAAGACUUAAACUUCCAAUUCUAGCAGAAGAACAGACAAUAAUGGAGGCAAUAAAUGAAAAUGCUGUCACAGUCAUUGUGGGAGCAACAGGUAGUGGCAAAACAACACAAGUACCUCAGUUCCUAUAUGAGGCAGGAUAUACAAGUGAUGGCAAGAUGAUUGGUAUCACUGAACCAAGACGUGUUGCUGCAAUUUCAAUGUCUCGGAGAGUUGCACAGGAGAUGAAUCUGUCGGCAAAAGAAGUGUCAUAUCAGAUUCGGUUUGAAGGAAACACAACACCAGAGACGAAGCUCAAAUUUAUGACAGAUGGUGUUUUGCUGAAGGAAAUCCAAUUGGAUCCAACCCUGAAGAAGUACUCAGCAAUAAUAAUUGACGAAGCACAUGAGCGCAGCGUCUUUUCAGAUAUUUUGAUUGGCAUUCUCUCUCGAAUGAUUAUUAGACGCCAAGCUAAGGGCAAGCCUCUAAAACUCAUAAUUAUGUCAGCCACCUUGAGGGUUGAAGACUUCACUGAAAAUGCUCGUCUCUUUAAGCCACCCAAGCCUCCAGUUAUAAAGGUUGAUGCAAGAAUGUUUGAUGUUACCAUCCAUUAUAAUAAGCAGACGCCUGAGGAUUAUGUGGCAGAAGCGUACAAGAAGACUUGCAAGAUUCAUCGACAGCUUCCUGAGGGAGGGAUACUGGUCUUUUUAACAGGUCAGCAGGAAGUGAAUAACUUGGUUCGCAAGUUACAUGCCACAUUCCCCAUGCGAACUAACAGCAAAGAUGAAAAGCAAACAAAUGUUAGUGGAUACAGAAGGAAAAAGCUUGAAAUUAAGGCUAUGAAGAAAGCAGAAAAGGAACCUACACCUAAAAAGAUAAUUUUACCUGAAGUAAAACUUGAAAAUUUCAUAUCUGCCUUGCCUGAUGAUGCAGAGGAUGACCUGGCAGGUAACAUAGCAGACCUAGAGGACCGAGGGGCUGUGGAUUUUGGUGACAGCGAUUUGGAUUUGGAUGAUGUCGAUGAUGAUGAUGCAAUGUCCAGCAGGAUGAAGUUUGGGGAGCAUGAUGAGCCAGAACAACCCCUUUGGGUUUUGCCCAUGUAUUCCAUGUUGCCUCCUGAAAGGCAACAGAUGGUCUUUAAGCCACCACCAGAGGGAACGCGACUGUGUGUUGUCGCAACAAAUGUCGCAGAAACCUCCAUCACCUUACCUAGUAUUAAAUAUGUUGUAGACUGUGGGAAAGUUAAAGAAAAGGUAUAUGAUCAGGUAACCGGUGUGUCAAUGUUCCAUAUCACAUGGACUUCUCAAGCUUCAGCCAACCAGAGAGCAGGUCGAGCUGGCAGAGUAGCACCAGGGCAUUGUUACCGUCUUUACUCCUCUGCAGUAUUCAACGAUGAGUUCCAAAAGUUUUCUCGAGCAGAGAUCCUACGGCGUCCUAUUGAUGAUUUGGUGUUGGUGAUGAAGUCCAUGAACCUUCCAAUGGUCAAUUUUCCAUUUCCUACCCCUCCUGAACACUUACAGGUACUCCGUGCAAUAAAAAGACUGUUGACCUUAGGUGCACUGGAAGAACGGACAGGCCCAGCAGUUGGAUUACGUCUUAAAAACAAAAGGGCUAAAGUCAAUCGUUCUAAAGAUAUGAGUUGCAUUACAUCCCUGGGAAAGGCCAUGGCAGCAUUUCCGCUAGCUCCACGAUAUGGCAAAAUGCUUGCACUGAGUCACCAACAUUCUCUCUUACCAUACACAGUUGCCUUGGUAGCAGCUCUUACAGUACCUGAGGUGCUUAUAGAAACUCCACUUGACUCAAAAGCAAAUGUAAAUGACACACAGAAAAGAUGGCAGAAUUUACGUUUAUCAUGGGCCGGCAGCGGUAAUUCCCGAAGCCUGGGAGAUGCCAUGGUAUUGCUUCGAGCUGUUGGUGCUGCCGAGUACCAGGGUGGAGAACGGCAGUGGUGUGAAAAUAAUGGUCUUAGAUACAAAGGAAUCACCGAGAUACGCAAAUUGCGUCGGCAGUUGACCAAUGAAAUCAAUCUUAUUAUCCCAUCGUGUGACCUUGUUCUUGAUCCUAAGAUGCCACCUCCUACUGAUGACCAGGCUCGGCUUCUUCGACAAAUAGUACUUGCUGGGUCAGUUGACCAUGUUGCACGACGAGUGGAUGAUUGGGAACUAAAGACUCCUGAAGACAAAUUAAAAUGGAGACAUGCAUACAGAACACAAGACAUGGAAGAGCCUGUAUUCUUGCCACGAUCAUCAGUAGCCCGAGUUGACAUGCCUCAAUGGGUUGUUUAUCAAGAUGUCUAUGAGACCAACAAAAUGUUCAUGAGGAAUGUGACGGCUAUUGAACAAGAAUGGUUGGCAGUCUUUGCCCCAAGCAUUUGCAACUUUUCACCACCUUUGGAGUCUCCUGAGCCUCGCUACGAUGCUGAAAGAGAUCAGAUUGUCUGCCACCGAACAGCCACAUUUGGUCCAGCAGCAUGGGAGAUCUCGGAAGUGGAGGUAGAAUAUCCUCAUAGCAAAGACCUUUUCAAGUGGGUGGCUUAUUGCUUCUUACUAGGCCAUUUGUGUUUGCCUCUCAAGAAUUUUGUCAAGCACUUGUAUGAACCCAGGACUCUAGUGAACCCAGUUGCUAUAAGAUUUCGUGAGCAACGGGAACACCUCCUUCGUGCACUAAUGAGCCAGGAUAUCACAAACCUUGCCAAGUUGAAAGAAACGUGGACGCACGAUCCAAAAUUUUUGCUGCGUGAAUACUUGCAGUGGCUACAAAAUGAAGACAUUAGAGGAGAAGUCAUUAGAAUAUGGCCACCACUUGUUCAGUGUCCAGAAACAGACUGGAGUUGAAAAGUGAUUUUAUGUGUAAUUUAUAAAAGACUUUUUUAUUCAUAAAUUGUUAAAUAAAACUGUUGGCACUCUUACUUUCAUUAUGUUCAAAACUAAUUUCUAUAUGACUUUAUUAUAGUACUGAUUAUUAAUUUCUUGUCAAAUCAUGUUUCUUGUAAAUAAUAUUUAAUGAUAUUUAUUGUU